AUGGCAUGGAGAGGAAAUCUGUCUCGGGCUAUGAAGGAACUGAGGAUCUUACUGUGCCAGACUUCGCCGUCGAGCUCCGCCACUAGAUCAUUUGUAGAGAAGAACUAUAAGGAUCUCAAGACUUUAAACCCUAAACUCCCAAUCUUGAUCCGUGAAUGCAGUGGCAUUGAGCCCCAGUUAUGGGCUAGAUACGAUUUUGGUGUUGAGAAGGGCAUUCGGUUAGAAGGUUUGAGUGAGGCACAGAUCACGAAGGUGCUCGAAGACCUUGUCAAAGCUGGGGAAGCCCUUAAGGCCUGA